AUGGGCACAUGGAAGGAGAUCCGGCCUCGAUUCUUGCCAGCUUUGAUUACUAUGUUUCUCCUCCUUCAAGUUCUUUUUUUGGUGAAUAUGUGCUAUCUUUAUGCAACGCAAUUCCGAAGUACCACCCGUUACCACAACUUCAAUUUACUUUAUGUGGACUACGAUGGCGGUAUCAUCGGCAAGUCAGUGACAGAUGCUUACCACCAGUUACAAGGAGAUGGGUUCCCAACCUUGCUACCGGAAUCCCUUGUCGAAUAUCCCCAACCAGAGGACAUUCGAGAAGCCGUAUGCCGCGGUGACUACUGGGGGGCUGUCUACACAACUGAGCAUGGAUCAGCUGGUCUGGCAUCGGCUCUGGCAACCGGGUCCAGCCCACCGAUCUCGCUCACCUACAUCUGGAACGGGGUCAGGUACCCAGUGUUCUCGCAAGCUGCAGUCUACUCCAACAUUCUGAAACUGAUCGAAAGAACACGGUCAACGUACUACGCCAAUAAUGGAUCUUCAGACACCGCAUCCGUCGACUUCUCCAAUACAGCCGCCCUUAAAGCAUUCCUCGACCCCAUCCACGCCGAAGAAAUCAACAUCAAGGGCACAGAACAAGGUACAAGGGUCUUCUACAACACAGUCUCCAUGGUGAUGCCAAUCCUCCAACAGUUCUUUUUCACGCUAGCACUGAACGGAGUAUCAACCCAUUUCGACACGUUCACCAAAUUAUCCUGGAAAGUCAACGGCCUGAUUCGCACCAUAGCCUCCAUCCUCUACACCCUUACAGGAUCAUUGUUAAUGGCCGGCUAUAUCUGGGCCUUCAGAGAGUCGUGGGGACAGCGAGGAAGUCAGUUCGUGUUGACUUGGAUCACUAUGUGGCUUCUGAUGCACAUAAACUUCCUGCUUCUCGAUAUCACGACUGCUUUCAUCCCGAUUCAGUUUAUGCCGUUUAUUGUUCUGACUUGGGUCAUCCUCAAUGUCGCCAGUACUAUCAGCCCGUUUGAGUUAAAUCCAGGUUUCUUUCGCUGGGGCUAUGCUCUUCCUUCCCAUGUGGCAUACGAGGUCUUGAUUCAAAUCUGGUCUGGUGGGUGCAAUAACCGACUCUAUCGUGCGCUUCCUAUCAUGUUCUCGUGGUGGGUUAUUGGUGUCCCCAUUGCUGUGUAUGCGAUGCAACAUCGCUGCAGAACUGCUGUGGCUGCCCAGGAAUCCUUAGACCAUGCAGGCCUGGAAGGUCGGUCUGAAGCUAAAGAUGAGGCAAUGGACGAGACAGUGAUGUCAGUUAGUACCUCACGUCGCGGAGUUGAACAAAAUGGGGAAUCCGUUGAGGCUAUUCCUCUUCGUUGUACUACCUAA